UGAAGGUGAGUGUAUCAAUCAGCUGAUCAUCAUUAAUUUUUGCCCCUUCUCGUUCAAACGUGUUCAAACGCAUUUUUAAAGCGAUUAAAAAUAAUACGCCAACACUCAUUUUGUUAUAGAAACGCAGUGUUGUAAAAUCUACAGUGUGUUGUGUAUAUUAAUCCUAUCAUGUCAAAAUCGACGAAAACGUUAAGUUGUUCAGUUCGUGCGACAACAUUCUUUUCAACGUAACACCUUCGAAUAAUAAAUCCGCUUGUCAUUCUAUUCAAAAUGAGUAAAGAUAGUGUUAAUCGCGUUCUUAACAAUCAACGGAAAGACACCAAAUGGUCCGUAUAACAUUUAACCAACAAAAAAGAAAGUAUCGAAUAAAUUAGAUAAACUUCAAACGGGAAUUUCUACGCCAUCAUAACAUCGCAUAGCGGCAGUUGUAGCGAAAAUUUCUUGAUUUGCUUGGAACACCUUCAACGAGAUAAAGUGUUUUUGUCGCUGAUCCAAAUGGAUGUUUUUGUCGGCGACAACAUUCAAUAAAAACUAAACGUUUACAAACGGUCUUUAUUAUUAUAAAACAUGGAGGAUUGUAGUAUGUCAGAAGAUGACAACGCUACUGACACUACAAAUCAAGAUAGAGGUGAUCAAAACGUCUUAAUUGAACAACCACAGAAACCACAAGAAGAUAAUAACCACAAGACUGAGCUAAAUUGUAUCAUUGAGGAAUGCCAAGUUCGCGAUUCACCUACAACCAGCUCUAGUAACCAAAAUAAUACAAUCGAUAAACAAGAAAAUGAAAAUGUUGUGUCAGAAGAAAAUCUUAAUAAUCCAUCAGAAGAGUCACCAGAUGAAAAUAAUCGUAAAGAAUGUCCAAGUACCUCAUCUUGGUACCUACCUUCAGAAAAUUCUUCAGAUGAGACCUCACCGUUUAGAAGAGAUUGUGAUAUGCCAGCAGAUCGGCCUGACUCCCCGGCCGUUCUUUCAAAAGAAAAACCUAAACACAACUGGUUCAUUGUAAAAGAAGUAUUAAACCGCCAACUUGGUGGUCCGUCGAAAUUACGCCCUGAACUUUUCUAUUCGCGUUGUUACGGCUCUUUACACUGCGUCCAACGGUUAGAAUUGAUGUACAAACUGGAAUUCCAUCAAGGAUGCGUAAACAGUUUGAAUUUUAACGCGGACGGUUCGCUUUUAGCGAGCGGUUCGGACGAUUUAAAAGUUGCCAUUUGGAAUUGGAAGUGCGGACAGAAAUUGUUAUCUUUCGAUACAAAGCAUCGCGGAAAUGUUUUCCAAAGCAAAUUUUUACCUUUGGAUGGAGACUUGCACAUCGCAACGUGUUCAAGGGACGGUCAGGUUAGGUUGGCUCAAGUUUCAAAACAGGAAGGUUUGAGGAGUACUCGAAAAUUGGGAUCGCAUCGCGGCCCAUGUCAUAAAUUGGCUGUUUUGAAGGAUCAACCACAAAUUGUACUUAGCGCAGGUGAAGAUGGGAUUAUUUUUAGACAUGAUAUUAGGAAUUCUAAACCGGAUAGAGUAACACAUGUAAAGGAUUGUAGUCGUGAAGUUGCUUUGUACAGUAUAAACUCGCAUCCGUUAAAUCCAAAUGAGUUUUGUGUUGGUGGUCGUGAUCAUAUGGUAAGGACUUUUGAUCAAAGGAAUUGUGGACCAUCUGUUAAACCGUUAAAAUGCUAUAAUCCUUUCGAGACAAUCGAUCGUUUACCAUAUCAUGUAACUUGUGCAGUUUACAAUCACAACGGUUCCGAAAUCUUAGCGACGUAUAACGACGAGAAUAUUUACCUCUUCGAUAUCAAUGGAAACGAAGGGAAAUAUCUCCAUCAAUACAUGGGACAUCGAAACGGUGCCACAAUUAAAGGCGUUAAUUUCUUUGGUCCAAACUCUGAGUUUAUUGUGAGCGGUUCCGAUUGCGGUAAUGUUUUCUUUUGGGAUCGAAAUACUGAGGCGAUUGUACAAUAUUUUUGUGCAGAUAAUAACGGAGUUGUAAAUUGUUUGGAGCCACAUCCUCAAGUACCAUACAUUUGCACAAGCGGGCUUGAUUGGGACGUAAAGGUCUGGGUGCCGUCGUACGAAUUCGAACCGGAACUAAAGGGUCUCAGCGAUACAGUGCGUGAAAACGUAAGUGCCGCGUCGCAAUGGUCUUAUAAUACGGAAAUGAGCGGAUAUGAUCACACGCUUUGGGUGCUGUGGAGGCGCGUCAGUAGCUUCCAACGAAUGCCGUAUGAUCUUGGUUUUCGUGGCUGGAUAGAUUUAAGCUCAGACAUAAUAUCAUCGAGUAGUUCAAACAAUUUGGGCAGUGAUAGUAAUUCAGAUUCAGGUGGUGAUGCUCCGCCCAAUUGCACCACAUCCUAAAGAAAAAAUUGUGUUUUUUUUGUACAUUUACCUUUUAGAUUUAAAGUCUGCGUUAAAAUUUAAAGUCAUUUCAAUCAGAGAAAUCGAAAUAAUUGAUUUGUUUUUAGUUUUAUUAUCUCCUGUAAACCGAUUUAGAGUGUAUAUCUGUUAUAUUCAAUAUACUGUAAUAAAGUGUUUGAUAGGAA